AUGGAUGUCAUUGGCCCAAUUGAGCCAGCCGCCUCUAACGGACAUAGAUUUAUUUUGGUUGCCAUUGAUUACUUCACCAAGUGGGUGGAAGCAAACUCUUAUAAAUCUGUGACCAAGAAAGUUGUAACUAAUUUCGUUCGCAACAAUCUGAUAUGUAAUUUUGGAGUACCAGAAUCCAUCAUUACUGACAAUGGAGCGAAUCUCAACAGCCACUUGAUGAGAGAAAUAUGUGAACAAUUCAAGAUUACUCACCGGAAUUCAAUUGCUUUUCGUCCUCAAAUGAAUGGAGCCGUAGAAGCUUCCAAUAAGAACAUCAAAAAGAUUUUGAGAAAGAUUAUUGAUAAUCACAGAGUAUAUGGGACAGAAGCAGUGAUACCUGCUGAAGUUGAAAUACCUUCAUUGAGGAUCAUUCAAGAAGCUGAACUGAGCAAUGCUGAUUGGGUUUACAAGGAUAUCAAGAGAUAA